AUGCCACCAAAUAACGACAUCAUAAAUCCAAAUGAAAAUCUGGAAAUACCAAAAUGGAUAACUACAGACUAUUUUACAAAUAUUUUGGAAAAGGAUGAACCAAAUUAUAAAAAGGUUAUUAAAUUUACACCGACGGCAGCGAUACCGCCAGGGGAGAAUUUUACAUCCAUAAUGCUUCGUGUACACAUCGAUUUGGAAAUGAAAGAUGGUAGCAAAAAACGUAAAACCUACGUCCUUAAAACUCAAUUGGAUGAUGAAAAAGGUGGUAGUGAUAUUAAGAAAAUGUCACUCUUCCCCAAAGAAAUGGAAAUGUAUCGCACAUAUCUUCCCGCAUUUGAAGAACUUUAUAAAGCUGCUGGCUGGCAAGUCCAGUUAUCUCCAAAAUGUAUUUUCACAGAACUUAACGAUGGACGAAUAAAUUUCGUUUUCGAAGACCUUCAGACCAAAAAUUUCAAAAACAUAAAUCGCUUGAAGGGCUGCAAUAUGGGAGAAAUGAGACGUAUUCUGCAAAAAUUGGCUGAAUAUCAUGCUGCCUCAGCAAUUUAUGCAGAACAACAUGGUCCAUAUCCAGAAGACUUUCAAAGCGGAUUUGUGCAUAACAAUGAAGGAUACGGAUUUCAUAAGAAUUUAUACAAUUCACGAGUAAAUGCCUAUAAGAAAGCUAUAAGUGGUUGGGGAUUGGAAGAUGCUGACAAAUAUAUUAAGAAUUUUCCAACAUUCGAACAAUAUUGGAAAUGUUGUCAAAGUACUUUGGAUACCUCAAAUAAUAAGUUUAAUGUAUUAACGCAUGGUGAUUUUUGGUCCAGUAAUCUUAUGUUUAGCAGCUUGCCUGAUGGCGAAGUCGAUGAGUUACUGCUGUUGGACUUUCAGAUAUGCAAAUGGGGUAGUCCAGCUGAAGAUUUAUUAUUCUUUAUCAGCAUUUCAGCUGCUAAAGAUAUUCGUAUUAAAGAGUUUGAUCACUUUGUGGAAAUCUACUAUGAACGUUUGAUUGAGUGCCUUAAACUGCUUAAGUUUAAACAGCCGCUUCCACAGUUGCGUGAAAUUCAAAUGGAAAUGUUUUCUAAGCACAAUAGCUUUUAUGCGUUCUUUGCUUGCUUUAAUCAUUUAUUCCUUGUUUUGUUGCCAUCUGAUAAAGACAGCAACAUUAAUUUUCUUCUGAGAGACGAUGAAGAGGGCGAAAAAUUCAGAAUGCGUGCCUUUAUGAAUCCCGCUUUUAAGGAAACAAUGCGAGAUUUAUAUCCGUUUUACUACAGACGCGGUUUAUUCAAUUUCCAGGACUACAACAAUUCGACAAUUGCGGAAUACCUUGAAAUAUUCAACAAAAAAGCAAACAAAAAUAAUCCAAGACAACCAACAAAUAUGCCAGAUAACAGCACAAAAUUUAAUCCGAAUUUGAAUCUCGAAAUACCGAAAUGGAUAAACGAGAAAUACUUCGAAAAAAUUCUACAGAAAGAUAUGCCACAGUUCAAGAAAAUUUUAAAAUUCACACCUACAGCUGCCACGCCACCCGGGGAGAAUUACACAUCAAUUAUGGUACGUAUACACAUGGAUAUAGAAAUGAAAGAUGGCUUUACUCAACAGCAGUCAUAUAUAAUGAAAACCAUGCUAGAUAAAGACAAAGGAGGUACGUUUAUAAACACUCUAAAUCUAUUCCCCAAGGAAAAAUUUAUGUACGAACAAUUGCUGCCUCAACUGGAAACGCUCUAUAAUGAUAUUAAUAAGAAAGUAAAAUUGGCGCCUAAAUGCGUCUGGGUUGAGGAGAAGGCCGAACGCAUUACACUUGUUCUAGAAGAUUUAAACACUAAAAAAUUUAAAAAUAUAAAUCGUCUGAAAGGUUUCGACAUGGCACAUAUGAAACGCGUUUUAGAAAAACUGGCUGAAUUUCAUGCAGUCACAGUGAUAUGGCAGCAGCGUAAUGGGGCAUACCCAGAAGAAUUUCAAAAAAGUUAUCUACCCGCAAACUAUCAGAAAUCGAAAUCUUAUCAAGCACGCGUGCAAAGUUUCAAAGCAGCGAUGUCUACUUGGGGCUUGGAGGAUUAUGAGAAAUACGCAGAGCGCAUUCCAAAUGCAGAGCAAUUUGUUAAUGCUGCUAUGGGUUGUUUUAACACUGAUCCGAAUGAAUUUAAAGUUUUAAAUCAUGGAGAUUUUUGGUCCAGCAAUAUCAUGCAAAACUAUACUUCAACUGGUGAAAUCAAUCAAAUACGUUUUAUUGAUUUUCAGUUAUGUAAAUGGGGUAGUCCAGCACAAGAUCUCUGGGAAGUCAUCAUGUGUUCAUCAGAAAGCAAUUUACGUAUACGAGAAUUCGAUAAUUUUGUACGUAUUUAUCAUACUCAUCUUCUCAAAUGCUUAAGGCUACUUCAAUCUACAAAGCCACUACCAAAGCUACGCGAACUCCAUAUAAGCAUGUUGAAACAUGGAUUUUGGGGCUAUCUAACAACAUUUACACAUUUGGUAUUGAUUCUCCUACCAUCGAACAAAGAAGCUAGUCUAUUAAAUUUAAUGCAACCCGGAGAAGAGGGCGAUAAAUUCCGUCUUAAGGCGUUCACAAAUCCCGUGUAUGUUCGAGCAGUCUUAGAUAUUUUUCCAUUUUUACUUCGACGUGGCAUAUUAGAUUUUUAAUUUUAGUUUAAAUAUAAGUGCACUAAUGUAUAUAAAUGUUUAAAUGUAUAUAAGAAACAAAUGCUUGUUCUACACAAUACUAUUUUUAUGUUAAUAAAA